CGGCGAAUGGCGUUUCCUGUUUCCGGCCAGCCUCCCUCCCUCUGGCAGGCGCGCGGCGUGUGUCUGUCUGUCUGUCUGUGAGUGGGAGGCGGAGAGGAAGCCCCAGAGGAGCAAGGCGGGGCUGGGCAUGAGGAGCCUCCGUGGCCUGCGGGGCAGGGUAUUCCAUCGCCAUACCAGUAUUACAAGCUGCUGACGCUCAAGGGGAGGAGCGAUGGUUUCGAAACGGGCCUUCAUCUGCAGCCUGGGCUCCAUCUACCUGUCCCUCCUCUUUGUUUUCCUCCUCAUGGACGUCUAUGCGCGGCCUGCCAACAACUCUGCCUUGAAAGAGAAGGCGGCGGCCGAGAACAACGAUGAGAACGAGAUCUUGCCCCCGGACCACUUGAAUGGGGUCAAGAUGGAGAUGGACGGGCAUCUCAACAAGGAGUUCCACCAGGAGGUCUUCCUUGGGAAGGAGAUGGAGGAGUUUGACGAAGAUUCAGAACCACGCAGGAACAGGAGGAAGCUCAUGGUUAUUUUCUCAAAAGUCGACAUCAACAAGGACAAAAAGAUCAGUGCAAAGGAGAUGCAGCGCUGGAUCAUGGAGAAGACAGAAGAGCACUUCCAGGAGGCUGUGGAAGAGAACAAAAUGCACUUCCGGGCCGUGGACCCCGAUGGCGAUGGUCACGUGUCCUGGGAUGAGUACAAAAUCAAGUUCUUGGCAAGCAAGGGGAUGAACGAGAAGGAGGUGGCUGAAAAAAUCAAAAACAACGAGGAACUCAAAAUAGACGAGGAAACACAGGAAGUCCUUGACAACUUGAAAGACCGCUGGUAUCAAGCCGACAAUCCGCCCACUGACCUUUUGCUGAAUGAGGAAGAAUUCCUGUCCUUCCUUCACCCAGAGCACAGCAGGGGAAUGUUGAAGUUUAUGGUGAAGGAAAUCGUCCGGGACCUGGAUCAGGACGGCGAUAAGAAGCUGACCCUUUCCGAGUUCAUCUCCUUGCCCGUCGGCACCGUGGAGAACCAGCAGGCUCAGGACAUCGAUGACGACUGGGUGAAAGACAGGAAGAAAGAGUUUGAGGAAGUCAUUGAUGCCGACCACGACGGCAUCGUCACUAUGGAAGAGCUGGAGGAAUACAUGGACCCCAUGAACGAAUACAACGCCUUGAACGAAGCGAAGCAGAUGAUUGCUGUGGCCGACGAGAACCAGAACCACCACUUGGAGCAAGAGGAGAUCUUGAAAUACAGCGAGUAUUUCACCGGCAGCAAGCUCAUGGACUACGCACGAAAUGUCCACGAGGAAUUCUGAGGAAUUGACCCGAGAGGGGCUCUCUCUCACACACUCUCUCUUUCGCUCUCUGUCUCGAUGCACCUUCUUGCUUUCCCAAAAAAAACACAAGGUUACCUUUUGCUGCUAUAUCUGUGUUCUGUGUGUAUACAGUGCGGUGUUCUAGACUUACUUUUUUAUUUUUGAACGAAAGCCGUCCACAAAUGAAAAAGAGCUACAGCUCGCUUGCCUUC